ACCAAAACCCAAAGUCUCACUCAAUUUUCUUCAUUUUAUUUCUUUUUUUGUUUCAAUUUUUUUUUCACCUACUUCACUUUCUCUCUCUCUCUCUCUCUCUGAAACCUGAAGCGCUGUGUCUCUCACUGUUCCUCUGAAAUGCUGAAUCUGGAGCCUACCCAUUAUCCAACCUCUUGAUCUGCACCUCUCCCCCAUGGCUAAACCUCAGAUUCUCGCGUUUUCGUGUCUCACGGUUGCAAUGUGAGGGAAAAGUUUCCACCUUUUCUCAAGCUCCUAUAAUGGUGGCUGCCAUUUCUGAACACCCAUUGAGCUCCUCACGGCAGCAACAACAACAGCAAAUACCUUCAGAGAGCAACAAUGGCGGCAGCAUACCCAGAAGAGGUAAAGGGAGGCAAGUUUCUUCCAGGUACAUGUCUCCUUCACCUUCACCUUCACCUUCAACAACAACAACAACGACGUCUUCUUCUUCUACAACAACGACGACAACAACGACAACCUCUUCUUCUUCACGGCGAUUUCCAUCCCCUCUUCUCUCACACUCCACCAAUUCCGCAACCCCACUUGCUCAAAAGCGCUCGCAAUCGGUGGACCGCCGGAGAAUCCGACCCAUUACUCCAGUUCCUGAGGCAACGAAGCUUCUGGUGACUUCCACUCGGAGCUUGUCCGUUUCGUUUCAGGGAGAGGCUUUUUCGCUACCCAUUAGCAAGAGUAAGGCGAAGGCGGCGACGCCGGAGCGGCGGAGGGCGUCUUUGGUUGCUGGGAAAGGAGGGGAUCAGGGAGAGAAGUCUGAGAAUUCUCGUCCGGCGGAUCAGCAUCGGUGGCCGGGGAGGUCCCGGCAGGCUAAUAGCCUCUCCAGGAGUGUGGAUUGCAGUGGUGGUGGUGGUGAUGGGGAUAAGAAGAGGGUUGUUGUUGGGAAUGGAUUGGGGAAAGUGGCACGUGCGUUGCAGCAGUCUAUGGAGAUGAAGAGUGGUGGUGGUGGAAGAAGGGCUUCUUUUGAUGGGUUAAGGGGUAUGAGUUUUGAUUUGGGCAAAGCUGAGUUGCUUAAGGGUGCUUCUCAAGCUCAAGCUCAACUCAAUAGUGAGCCUUGUUUGCCUUGUGAUCUCACUGCUUCUGAUACUGAUAGUGUUUCCUCUGGUAGCACUUCAGGUGCACAAGACUGUGUUGGGGCUUCUAAGGCUUCAAGGGAGCCUCGUGGCAUUGUUGUGUCUGCCAGGUUUUGGCAGGAAACUAAUAGCCGCCUGCGCCGCUUGCAGGACCCUGGUUCUCCCUUGUCGACCAGCCCUGCUUCGAGAAGCUCUAUCUCAUCAAAGAAUGUUCCAUUGAAAAGGUAUAACUCUGAUGGUCCGAUGUUGUCCCCUCGAACCAUGGCUUCUCCGAUUAGGGGAAACGCGCGCCCUGCUUCGCCGAGUAAACUUUGGGCAUCUGCAUCAUCAUCACCAUCAAGGGGGUUUUCUAGCCCUGCUAGGGUGAGGAGUGCAGUUGCUAGCUCUAUCAAUAGUGGUUCUAGUAACACACCUUCAAUUCUUAGCUUCUCUGCUGAUGUGCGGAGAGGGAAGAUAGGGGAAGAUCGAAUAUUUGAUGCACAUGCCUUGAGGCUUCUGUAUAACCGGUAUGCUCAAUGGCGGUUUGUUAAUGCAAGGGCAGAUGCUACAUUUAUGGUGCAGAAGCUGAAUGCAGAGAGACAUUUGUGGAAUGCAUGGGUAACUAUUUCCGAGCUUCGGCAUUCAGUCAUACUUAAAAGAAUCAAGCUGUUAUUGCUGAGGCAAAAGUUGAAGCUAACCUCCAUCCUAAAGGGGCAGAUUUCUUAUUUGGAAGAAUGGGCGCUUCUAGAUAGAGAUCACACCAGUUCUUUGCUUGGAGCAACUGAAGCUUUGAGGGCCAGUACCCUGCGUCUUCCGGUCGUUGAAAAAGCAACAGCUGAUGUUCCAAAUCUAAAGGAUGCUUUGCGGUCAGCAGUUGAUGUGAUGCAGGCAAUGGCAUCCUCAAUAUACACUCUUUCAUCAAAGCAGGUGGAAGAAACUAAUUGCUUGGUGGCGGAAAUCCUAAAGGUGACCUCAAAGGAAAGGUUUUUGCUUGAACAAUGCAAUGAUUUUUUAUCAUCGCUAGGAGCCAUGCAGGUCAAGGAUUGUAGCUUAAGAACGCAUAUGUUACAACUUUCUCGCGCACCGACUUCCAGCUCCCUGACAACACGUGUGUAGAUGAACUGAUCUUAUUUGACUGCUCACUCUAAAUGCUAACACUACUCCCAGCCUUUUAUUUUCCACAGGGUGGAGAUAACACACAAGGUAAUAAGCUUGGAAUGAAUGGAGCUAAUAGCUGGUUUUUGGUGUUUCCUUUGACAUUUUUGAAAGCUGUUUGUGUGGUGGUCUUGUAUGUCUCUCAGUGUGUAGUAUAGUCUUUGUGUCUGAAUAUUACAAGUUACAGAGGAAAAAAGUGGUGGCUUUUCUCUCACUAGUUAGCUAGCUAGCUGUAUACAAUUUAAGCAAGUGUCUGUCUGUGUAUAUAUCUCUAUAUGUAAUCAACUAAUCAUUGUUUAGUAGGUAGUCUGUGGCUUAAUCUUCAUUUGAAUUCCUGGUUUAUGAUCA